AAGAGAAAGGGCGGUCAAAAGUGUGAAAAGCUGAGUGUAUAACAAAAGAAAAAGAAAGGGCGGUCAAAACCCUAGAAAUCUAAAUCUAAGAUUCCAAAAAGCAGAGACAGCAUAAUCUGGCAGUUCGAUCGACAUCUCUCUCUGUUCAAAAGAUAAGCGAUGGCAGGUCAGAGGAAUAGUCACGGAAAGCGUUCUCAUUCGCAGUCGGAGUACGCCGACAGCGGCGGCGGAGGAGGAAACAAAAGGAGAAAUCCCGGCGAGGAAAGGGAGCAAUUCAUCAUCGAUGCGGAGGACACGGUGUACCGGUACUUGUGCCCAGUGAAGAAGAUUGGGAGCAUAAUUGGGAGAGGAGGAGAGAUUGUGAAGCAGCUGAGGGGGGACACCAAGUCCAAGAUUCGAAUUGGGGAGACGGUGCCGGGCAGCGAGGAGCGGGUUGUUACUAUUUACAGUGCGAGCGAUGAGACGAAUGGGUUCGAAGAUGGCGGGACGUAUGUGGCUCCGGCUCAGGACGCUCUGUUCAGGGUCCAUGAUAGGGUGAUUGCUGAGGACACGCAUAAUAAUAACGACGAGGAGGCGGACGGUGGCAGUAGUGGUGGCGGGGGGCACCAUGUGAUUGUGCGGCUUCUUGUGCCGUCUGAUCAGAUCGGUUGCAUUAUUGGGAAAGGAGGGCAGAUUGUUCAGAACAUUCGGAGUGAAACCGGUGCACAGAUUCGGAUUCUCAAGGAUGACCAUCUGCCUGCUUGUGCCUUGAACUCUGAUGAGCUUGUGCAGAUAUCUGGGGACGCUCCACUUGUCAAGAAGGCUCUUUUUCAAAUUGCAUCUCGCCUUCAUGAUAACCCAUCACGAUCUCAGCAUUUACUUACUUCUUCGGUGCCUAUGUAUUCGGGUGGUUCACUCAUGGGUCCUUCUGGUGGUCCCCCACUAAUGGGAAUUGCUCCAAUGAUGGGUCCUUAUGGAGGGGGGUACAAAGGUGAUGUUGGAGACUGGUCACGCUCCUUGUACUCAGCUCCAAGAGAUGAAGCAUCCUCGAAAGAAUUUUCUAUUCGCUUGGUUUGUCCAACUGCGAAUAUUGGAGGUGUGAUUGGAAAGGGUGGUACCAUAAUUAACCAAAUCAGACAGGAUUCGGGGGCUGUUAUUAAGGUUGAUAGUUCAGCUACUGAAGGAGAUGAUUGCUUAAUUAAUGUAUCAGCAAAAGAGUUCUUUGAAGACUCGUUCUCAGCAACUAUUGAAGCAGCAGUGCGUUUGCAACCCAGAUGCAGUGAAAAAGUAGAAAGAGAUUCAGGAAUUAUCUCAUUCACAACCCGCCUACUUGUUCCAACCUCACGAAUUGGCUGCCUAAUUGGGAAAGGUGGGGCUAUUGUAACUGAGAUGAGGAGACUUACCAAAGCUAAUAUUCGCAUACUUUCUAAGGAAAAUCUUCCCAAAAUUGCAUCUGAAGAUGAUGAGAUGGUGCAGAUUUCUGGAGAACUUGAUAUUGUUAAGGAUGCUCUUAUACAAGUAGUUACCAGAUUAAGAGCAAACCUUUUCGACAGGGAAGGUGGAAUGCCUGGAUUCCUGCCAGUUCUGCCUUAUCUUCCUGUGUCAGCAGAUGGUCCAGAUGGUCCGAAUUAUGAUAGUAGGGAUGGUAAAAGACAUGGUCGUGGGCAUUCUUAUUCUGCUGGCUAUGGUGGCUCAAGUGAUUUUGCUACUAAUGACAGUUAUGGAAGUUAUGGUGGUUCGCAGAUUGGUGGUAGCGGCAGCGCUUACGGUGCCUACGGGGGUUAUUCUUCCGGGCGGAGUGGUAGUUCUGGGUUAUCUAGCCAGAACCCUGUUUCUCGGAGGAGAAACUAUGUUUAAUGAUGGUACCAGCAGCUGAGUUCUAUGAAGCCUGAAGCUAGCCUACUGUCUGCCUAAACUGGAAGAUGAACCAGCAUAUGACAUAGUCAUGGCCCACCUUGACGAAUCUACUUAUAAGUCCAAGAAACCAAAAUUACCAAGCUUCCCUAGAACCUAUAUACCAGCAUGCCCGCCCAUGUUGCUGUUUUUCCUGUUACACUUUUACGUUGUGAAGCCAUGUUACUUCAAUGUUACCUCUGUAUUUGUGCUUCUCAGCUAUGUAGUUUGAUUACUUUGUUGUUUUAAUUUUUAUGUUGUUGAUCUUGAAAACUUAACCACUUACUUUGUGAUGUAGCAGAUUGUUGUAUCAUCUGACUGCCAGCAUUUAUGAUCCAUCUGUAUCAUUUUUAUUAUGAUUUUGGUUUACAGCGACUGUUUCUGAAAUCCAUCUGCAUUAAAAUAACUUUUUUUGAGGUCUACCAAUCCUGAACUAGUUCUGAUUUAAAAGUGUGAAUUGUUCAUAUACCACACAAACACAUGUGCACACACACACAAUUUUUCUUUUUGAUGUCUACCAAUCUGAAAUUAGUUACAGGUUUUAAAGUAAGAAUUUGUGUAUUUUGCAUAAACCAAACACAUAUAUUAAUGCUAAUAGAGCAGGAUGUGUAAUUGAAGCUCAAUCUCAACACAACUUCAGUAGCUGUGUGCAUGGUGGUGUUUGUGUUGAGCUUUAGUUAGACAGAUGGCUGUAUUUUUACAAAUUGAAUGCCAUGCAUCAAACACUCUGCCGUCCCAGGAAAUUUUUGGUUGAACACCAAAUUUAAGUGCAAGUUUUCUGUUAAGUUCUGCUGCUGCCAGUUUUGUUCAUGUUCAGGUAAGUUUGGAGUUUCCUUCAAUGUUAUGUUAAUUACAAAUUUGAUGGAUGCUGGAGCUUCAGAUCUUACUUUUGAAGGCCAUGACGGAAAUUUGUAGGGUUGAAACUCAAUGAUUCAAGUGGUUCUAUUUCUGCCCGUUGGCUUGAUCAUUUGGCAGGUUCUAUUUCUGCCCGUUGGCUGGAUCAUGAUACAAGAAUUGAUUGUUGCAAACACGAUUUAAGCAAGCAUAUAUCCUCUGUUGGUUGAGUACAUAGUAUGAUUGGCAGCUUUUCGCAUAUUAGUUGUACUUAGUGGCACUGGUUGGAUUUAACUUUUGCGUUUGUUUUUCUCUUUGGAGGAAAGGGGAUGUGUGCUGCUUGUGUACAUGUUGGGGCGACGCCCGUCUGCUUUUAAACUGAAUGGAUUAAGUUUAUUGGAAAUGCAGUUUUGAUAUAUUUCCUUUGUUCA